AUGCAUCUUCAGAUGAUAAACCUACGUCGAUUCGUGCACACCUCGUGCCAAGUACAACGCGGACGUUCCGCGUUCUACAACAUUCAUCAGAAGGUAAAAAUGAUUAAAAUCCUUCAAAAAUGCCCAAUAAUCAAUAAUUUCAGGUCACAGACCCGGCCAAACAGGAUCCCGAUUAUUUCGAGAAAAAGGCCAGAGAAUUGCCGCUCGGUAUGGCUUUUUCUUGAAUUUUUUGCUAAAAUUACGUCCAACUGCAAUUUCAGACGAAAAUUACAUCGAUGCGCUCACAAAGUUGUACUACGAAAAAAUCGGGUCCGAACGGGAACUGGGACUGAAAGCCGCCGACAAUUUGGUAAGACGUUUAAAUUUUCUAGUGAAAAAUAUGCUUGAAAUAUUGUAGAUUCUCGAAAAAACCGAAUUCGGACUGCCGCGUAUCGAAAAAACGAAAAUUCGCGCGAAAUACGACGACUUGGACGUGCUUUCCAACGCGCCGGAGGCUGUGAAAAAGAUUUUCAGGUAAAAAGCCAUGAUGAAUGCAAAAAAUUCUAAUUUUCAGUGUGGAAAUGGCGACGCGACGGGAAUUGUCGCAGGAAUGGAAGGAAUCACUCAUCAAAUCGGUCCGUCAGCACUCGCUCGAUGAGAGCAGUCUGGAAAUGAAGAGUUAGUGCGGAAAGACUGUAAAAACUCGAUUUUCUCCAAGGAAAAGCAUAAAAUACACGUUUUUACACCGAAAAUCUUCAAUAUUUGUGAAAUUGAAAAAAUUUCAGUCGCCUGGCUGACGGCACUAAUUCGACACUGGUCACUUCUCGUCAAUGACAUUGGACAGGAGACGAAAAAGGUUCGUGGCGAGACCGAAAACGUUUGACAGACUAUUAAAAAUUAGAAAAAACAGUAUCGAACCGCCCGAAACGCGAUUGUUUUGAAAAACCAUAUUUCUGUGCGUUUGUGAGACUUUCAAGCUAUGAUUCUAGCUUCUAUGAGAUGUGACUGACAAUUUUAUGUAUAUUCAAUUUUGCAGAAGCCCACAUGGCUAACCCAUCGAAUUUGGCUGGUGAUCAACGAGCGCCGAAAAGCUCUACGAAUUCUGAGAGAACAAAACGAGUCGGCAUUCGAACGGACCAUUUCGGCCCUCAAAAUCUCGUACCACGUGCCGAAACAGCCGCAACACGUCAAAACGAGAAAAGUACGGUUUUUUGGGCGAGGGCGAAAGGCAGAGAGAGACGCAGGCGCGAAGCUGUCUCUUUUGUUGGAAAUUUUACGAAAAAAAAACGCAUAGCUCGCAUCAUUUUCAGGCGUGGGCGGAGGCGCAACUGAAAUUGAGAGUGGAGAACGAGAAGGAGAAGAGAUUGGAGGAAUUGCACGAAAAAUAUGACAAAGAAGUGGAGGAGCACAAGCGGGAGACCCAGGAGAAGAGGAAGGCGCUCAACGAUGAACUCGACAAGGUACGUACUGAUAAUAUACUUUUGCGUGUUUUCUGGUGAUUUUCAUCGAAAUUUCUAGGAUAAAUGAGGAUUUUUUAAAAUCUAGCCUUCAUUCUUGUUGCUCAAACUGUUUUCUCCCAAAAAUCCGCACUUUUUUGCAGUUGGCGGCAGAAAUGCGACGAAUCGACGUGAUCGAGGGAAAGGCGUUCGAAACGGUCGGAAAAUACGAGCCGGCGCUGAUUUCGUCGCUCACUGAGACGGUCAUCCACUCGAAUCUGUUCUACCAUCCACCGCCGACAAUGUCCGACAAAUAA